UGAGAAAUCCCUCGAUUGCCCAGCCGCUGGGCUGCACCUCUCGUAGAAGGCCUUUUCUUCAAUCUUGCGAGUCUGAUUACUUCGGGAAAUGAUAUAUCAUCGCGUUACAACGCUUCUAUGUAUGUAAUACUGCCGAAGGAGAGGGAAUGGAGAAAUGGGGGGGAAUGUUCACCUAGUUUGCGGAUCGUCUUCCGGGUUCGCGGGAGACCUUGAACGUCGCUGAAUCGCUUCGAGCGUGGGCAAAGUGAGCGAAGAGCCGUUUGACUGACUUUUGCAACGCGACAGGUGUUUUACAUUGAUUAUUCCGCAACUUAAUAUAAUUAAAUACGUAAUAUAUUUUAUGUCAGUUACUUUUUAUUGUUAAGGAAGUAUGAGUAACAUUUCCGGUACCGGGGUAUUUUUGAUGUUAGAACUUUUCGCAUCUACGUUCGCGUGGCCGAUUUUUGACUUUUGGCCUCUCACUCCAAGUCUACCUCUCAACACAUUUGAUCUCUAUGACGGCGGUGGUCGAGACGCACGUGUAUUGAAUUUUUUUCCUAUACCUGUCGAAGAGGAAUGUUUGUCCGAAGACAAGCGCAGGGUCGGCAUCUGCAUGAACACCUACGAGUGUCGCAUUCAGCAGGGAAAAUCCCAUGGCCCAUGUGCCCUUGGUUUUGGGGUUUGCUGUAUUUUUACAACAAGCUGUGGCGAAGAGGUUCAAAAUAAUUUAACCUACGUCACGAGCCCGGGAUUCCCGAACUUGAUUAACCAGUCAAUGAACUGUUCGUUGACCGUUAAAAAGAUAGAUCCUCAAGUCAGCCAGCUACGGAUCGAUUUUUUACACUUUAAUAUCGGCCAGCCCAAUCGGAGAACCGGUAUCUGUGACGCAGACAUAAUGGAGAUCCGCACCGGCAUCGGAAGCCUGAAUCUCUGCGGUUGGAACAGCGGUCAACACAUUUACGUCGACGUCGACGAUGGUCCGAUAACGUUGAACUUCCGGCUACCAUCUUCGUUGGAGUCAAGGAUGUGGGAGAUGCGGAUCACGCAGGUCGGUUUCGAGCAAAGGGCUCCCGCCGGAUGUCUCCAGUACUACGUUACUCCCAGAGGGACGUUACGCACCCUAAACUACCUACCUAACGGGCGGUACCUGGCUAGCCAAGAUCAUCUUCUGUGUGUCCGUCAGGAGCGAGGCAUGUGCAGCAUUUCCUAUGCUCCCUGCGCAACGGACUCUUUCCGCAUCGGUCCUCCCCGAUCAACCGGACCUGCAUCAAAUAUGGGGGGACUGGAGGGUCAGGUGGCGCAAGGCGAAGGCUCCGGAACUGGUGCUCCCGUUUUUGAAAGCGCAUCGCGAUGCAGAGAUCGCGUAUUGAUUCCUUGCGACUUCGAAGAAUUCAUCACGCCUGGUAACGACGGUGCCGGUAUUUGUGAUCUGGAACACUGUGGUAAUUCGUUGUGCAACCAGAGCGAGUUGGACGACGAGGGAAACUGUCGAGUGGAAACAUCAGCGACACCAUUUCACAUUCGAGUAGCUUUUGGUCCCGGCGAGGACAACGGUCUCUCAUCCGAAAACAACGUGGGCAUGUGUCUAAGUUACGAGCAGCUGCCAUGUGGCCCUUGAUUAACCGAAUGAAGUCUGAAGAGAUGCACAUCGCAACGUGUGGGGGCAUCGAAAUUCGACGCUAUUGACUGAUAAUCGCGUAAUUUCUAUGUAUAAAUAAAAAUAUUUAUUUAUUAAUUAA